CAAUAAUCAAGAAUGAGAUGAACAAUAGUUGAUUUUUGGUUUGCUAAGUUGAUGUAGGCUUAUAGGGAUAUCAAAUCUAAGCAAAGCAAUGACACAGCCUCGUUGUCCGCAUUGUGAACAACCGGAACUAACUCGCCCUUAGUUAUUUCUAACACCACAUGAAGCACCCGAACGCAACCAUUCCUAACCCUAGACUCAGUUUCGUCUCUUAAGCAGGUUGUGAUUGGCCCAAUAAACCUAUCAAAUUCGCUGUGCUUGAUUUUUUUGUAGAGUAUCAAAACCCAAAGGCCAUACAAGCAUUGGAUAGGAUGCUACUUUGUCAAAUUUGUUGGAUCGAAGAACAAGAAUGCAGGUGAUGACUCAACUACUUAUAGACGUUGAUAAAAUCUUUGAUGAAAGCCUGAAAAAAAUGGCUUUGAGAAUUUUGAGGAAAUUUAUGGAUGUUGACAAAAAAGAUCCAGAGCACGACGUUAAAUUUGUAGCAUUAAUGGAGAAAGUGCUAAAUAGAAUGGACAUUAAGACAAGAGGAGGGGCUCCUUACUGUGGAAGUUAUAUACCUCAGAGUCAGAGAUUUCGCUUCAUCAGAGUCCCCCACCAUUCCCUCGCGCUUCAAGUUAAUCUUGCAUCUGGAGCCCCAAAUAGCAGUGAAAUGGUCAAAAGUGACCUGCACUCUGGAUGGCCAAUUCACCCAAACACACCAGGUCAGACAGUUCCUUCUCAGGGCUCAAGUAUCUUACCUGCAGUGGUCUGCUCGGCAGUCUGCUCGUCAAGUCCGCCAUCAGUUGAACCAACCGAAGAUAGAGAGAGGAGAUCUACGUUGCCCAAAUUAAAUGUUGAAACCUGUAAAACCCUGAGGAUUUUCAUCAAGCCUCGUAUUGGAAAGCCUGAGGAGCCCCAGGGAGGUACAGAAAUGCCAGAAGUUAAGGGAUCAAACAAUGAUGGGAAGCCUGCAUCCUCUCAUAAUUUAGAAACUCAAGGAAGCCUCAUGCUAGUGACGAAUGCAACUGUCCUUAAUCUCCUUGCUUCUUCCACCUCUUCUGAGUUACAAGAAGAGUCACUUGUUCAACGCGGCACCACAUCUGAUGUGGCAGCGUGUGCUCUGAAGAAAUCCAAAGCCUCAGAUUUUCCACAAGAGGGUGCUGAAGGACAAACUGCUGGUGCUUUAGAAAACGUGGAAACUCACCCUGCUGUGGAAUAACGUUCAGAUGCAAUUGGUGAUUUACCACAAGGUUUCAAUAAAGAAGUGAUUGAAGCUGAGAAGGAUGACUUGGACACCAGGAUGAAGAGCCAAAGGUAGGUGGCACAAAUCAGAUCGAGUUGCAGAAUGGGAGCAAUUAUUUUUUGGAGGAUAUAGGUUAUAGGCAAAAUGAAUCGAAGCGGAUCUUUGAUGAUGAGACCAAAGAAGUUGCUGCUGAGCACAACAUCCAGCAGUUGGCCUUGGAAUCAGGAAGUGAGUGAGAAGAGAGAGAAUUGGUUCCCGACACCGCAGAUGUUGAAAGUGGGGGUAAUAUGUCUGGCCUAAUGGAGAGCCAAGAAAUUGGAGAAAACCGGAAUGAGCCUUCUGUGAGUUCACCUCCUGAGGUUGCUGAUGAGGAAGGUCUAGUUUCUGCUACCAUGGACUCUGGAGAGACUGGUUCUCCCCCUGUUUUGAUGGAUGAAGCUGAUAUGACGGAAGCAAACACUGAGGAGGGUGCAGCAGACGAUUCCAAUGAAGGUAACAACUUGGUUGCGAUGGAAGUGGAUCAGAACCUUGAAGCUGUACCUCUUCUAGAUCCUACUGGUGAGAGAAUUUCAACAGGUACUGGUGCAGAAGGUCGUGUCCCGAAACAAGGUAGUCCCCCAAGUGUCGCAGCAGAAACUCAAGAAGCAAACCAGGCAUCCCCAGUAGGUAAGAGCUCUGGUGGACAUCAGUUUUGAAGUAUCAAGAGGUCUUGGAGUGGAAAAAAGAAACAGGGCGAAGGAAAGGAUUUUUUUAGAAGUUUUCAUUUCUUUUUUUGCCUAUAAAAUGUACUUGGGAAUAUUGACAACUGCCUUGAAGUGAACUCUUUGAGCUCCCAAACCAAGUUGGGAAACAAAGGCAUCUAUAGUGAAGUUUAAACUUAC